UUCACCGCAGUCCGCCAUGGUAGCGCGACCAGUACGCAUGCGCGCAGCGCUAACCCAUAACACGACGCGUGCGACGUCGCCGGCGUAUACAACGUUAGAAACAUCUUAGAUGGCUUAAUUGUUCUAUGAUGCCGUGGAACGCGAGAAAGUUUAUACGGGUGAUAAAGCUCUUGCUGGCGGGGGUUAUGGUGUUCAGUGUGAGCUGGAUCGCAAGUGUCAAUCAAUGGCAUCCGCGGGUGAAUUGGGGUGGGCGACGAGGUGCACCUGAUUAUGGACUAUCCACCAUGAGAACUAUUGUGGCAUACUCGGAGGGGAAGCAGGCGGAAUUGGACCGACCUUCGCCAGUCACGUGCGACCAGAUACCAGCCAUUCCAGAGAUACCACACAUCAAUCGAAGUUGGUCAUCUGAGUCAACAACUGGGUCUUCAUGGCAACUUGUGACCGGUACUAGUGUGUCACUGUACGCAGCAUAUUACGACGAGAGAACACCCCAACGAUAUGUACGGAUUUUAGCCUCAUUUCGCGGAAGAAACUUUUCCGUAGAGGAACCACUGUAUUGCCAAACGCGACUCAUCAACUCCUUCGAUAGUACAGUGGAAGUUGUAGCAGCCAAACCUUUAGAAAUAUGGUGGCAUGAGUGGGACUCAAAUUCAGUAGAUGUAGAAACGCCAUUACUUUUGUCUUGUCCAUUAACAGAAUCUCUAUAUGGCCCUUCAAUUGUAUCUAUUGUAACGGAACCGUGUAAUAACCCUAUCAAUGCCUUUUUUUUAAAACCAAAUAAAAAAGAUUCCAGAAAUAAAAGAAAAUUUACUGUCUGUGUUAAAGAUAUUAAUUUUAAACAAGAUGUGUCAGAGAAUUUAAUAGAAUGGAUAGAAACAAACAAGUUACUUGGAGUAGAUAUCAUUGAUAUGUAUAUUGAUAGAAUAAAUAAAGAAAGUCUUAAAGUACUUUCAUACUAUAGACAUAAAGGUUACGUUAGAUUAUAUCAAGUUCCUAUUAAAAAUAAACCAGGUAGAUCUCUAUGGCAAAGAAGGCGAGAUCACAUUAUAACUUAUAAUGACUGUUUGUACAGAAAUAUAAUGGAAUCUGAAUUUAUAAUCCCUUUAGAUGUAGAUGAAGUCAUAUUACCUAAAGUAGCUGAUAGUUUAAAUGUAUUAAUCGAUCGUCUAUCUAAACGAGGCUGGGAUCCAAUACAAAACUCAGCUAUAUUAGUACAAAAUGUUUUCUUUUUCGGUUUUAUGCAAGGUAUAGAUAAAUAUAAAGAAAAAAAAGAAUACAACAAAAAUAAAAUUUAUAUUAAACGAGAUGAUGUCCGAAUUCGUAAUAAAGAAAACUUAAAUAUAAGUGAAAUAGAGUUAAUAGAUGAGAAAAAAAAUCUAACCGAUAUCGUUGAAGAUGUUAUAGACAGUUCUGAAAAUAUAAAUAAAGAGUAUAAAUCCUGGUGUGGUAAGGAAAUACCAGUACCCAAAUUAGUGAGACAUAUUGUGAGAUCAGCUAUAGUAAGUCCUAUGGGAUAUUAUAGUAAAAGUUUAAUGUUAACAAGAAAAGUAUUGACGGCAUUCAACCAUUACCCAUUGGCUAGUCUCGGAAACUCAGAUUUUGCUGGAUGGUCGGCGCCAUUUAGUGAAGUGCAACUCAACCAUUAUAAGGAGUCGUGCAACACGACAGUGGUGGCGGAGUGCGCGAGGUACGGGCGGCGUGCACGCGUCGACCGCGCCGCGCUGCGCCUGCGACGCCGGCUCACCGCUGCACUCGCAGAUGCCAUUUGUACUCCAAUAAACGUUAUCUAAUAAGAAUAGUUUUUAUUCAUAAUUCUAUCCUCGUCAUAUCUAACUUACUAAAGAAGAAAAAACUAGAAUGCAUUGAGAUAUACUUAAAGUAACAGAAUUCUGUUAAAUGAAACCAAAAAUAUAUAAUUAAUCAUUACGCGUAUUAGGAUUGAUAUAGAAAUAUAUCCUCGAAAUUGUCAUCCUAAAAUCGUGUAGACAGAAGUUUUGUCAGCAGAUAUUGAUAAAGACAGUGUUACAGAUUAAAAACGUAUUAAUUAAAAUUAAUAUUUUAAAAGUUUUGUUAAUUGUUUAAUUACAAGUAUGUU